CUCUUUCCACACACCGCAACCCGCACCGCUGGGACCCCGAGGGUCCGAGCAAGCGCGCGCCAUCAGAUGCGGCCCAGCACUUUAUUUGGGGGGAGGAGCGAGCCAUAAAAAUGCGCCGAUCUCGGCGAGCAGAAAAACAGACCCUUAGAAGGCAGCGGAGGCACACGGUUCGAGACGCGCGCGCCUUCUUCACCCGCUCGUGCUUUAUUUCGCUCUCCGCUCGUCUGCGCAGCGCCGAAGGAAGCCGGAGCUCCGAAGCCCCGAAGCCCGACCCCAGGCUGCAGGUCCCGCAGAGCCGCCCGCCGAAGGCAGCCGCUGUCCCCCCCGUCCGGAGUCUCCCCGUCCCGUCCCGGAGGAAGAGAUGAGCCGCGCGCUGCGCAGCCUGUGGGCCGCCGUGGCGCUGCUGCUCGCGUGGCGCCUGCACGAGCUGGCGGAGGCGUGCAGCUGUUCGCCCGUGCACCCGCAGCAGGCGUACUGCAACGCGGACGUAGUGAUCCGGGCAAAGGUGAUCAGCAGGAAAGAGGUGAAUGCCGGAAAUGACAUCUACGGCAAUCCCAUAAAGAGGAUCCAGUACGACAUCAAGCAGAUCAAGAUGUUUAAAGGCCCCGACCAGGACAUUGAGACCAUCUUCACCGCACCCUCUUCCGCUGUGUGUGGAGUGACCCUGGACCCCAGUGGCAAGAGGGAGUACCUCAUUGCAGGCAAGGCAGAGGGGAGCAACAAGAUGCACGUGACCCUCUGUGAUUUCAUUGAGAGCUGGGACUCCCUGACCCAAAUGCAGAAGAAGAGCUUGAGCCAGCGCUACGAGAUGGGUUGCGACUGUAAGAUUACCCGCUGCCCCUCGGUCCCCUGCUCGAUCAACGCACCGAACGAGUGCCUGUGGACGGACUGGGUCGUGGAGAAGAGCAUCGUUGGCAGCCAGGCUUCCCACUAUGCCUGCAUCAAGAGGAGCGAUGGCUCCUGCGCCUGGUACCGUGGUGCAGUCCCGCCCAAGCAGGAGUUCCUGGACCUCGAGGACCCCUAGUUAUGCCUAGUUAUGUCCACUGUACAGUCCUGAUUAAAGUGGCUAUGAAACUUUAACGCUGAGUA